GAAAAUGACGAAAUAAAGAGGCUGCGUAUAUAUUUGUUGACCAUUUUCGGGGGUUUUUGACUCUUUCCAUCGCCUUUUUCAUGUGAAAACUCGUGCACAAAAGCCUGCAGAAGAAGCAAAAAUGGCUCAAAAGACACCAGUGACUCUCCUACAGGAGCUGUGCACGAAGAACAACGUGACAGUGCCUUUCUACGAGGAGGCGCCGAGUGAGGAAGACAAGAUGUUUACAAUCCGCGUUCAGGCUUGUGAGUUGUGGGCGGAAGGCAGUGCGAGAUCGAAGCAGGAGGCCAAGCACGAGGCGGCCAGGAAUCUGCUGAGCGCCUUGGGAUUCGACGUGCAGAGUCUGGGAUUGGCGGUGACGGAGAAGGUGAAUCGGGCGGAUUCUGACCACGUGAAGACUCUACUGGACAUCUGCCUCACGCGGGACUUGCCGAUGGCCCAGUUUCACUGCAUUGACGCACGCGGACCGUCUCACGCGCCCGCGUUCACGCUGAAGUGCGAAGUUUCGCAGCUGACCAAGACGGCGACGCACUCGACGAAGAAGGGCGCGAAGCAGCUGGUGGCCAAGGCGAUGAUUGAGCUGAUACAGGAAAUGUAUCCGGACGACCAGAAGAUCCUCGUGCCGCUCGCCAUGGCGGCGCAGCAGAGCCAGGAGCGCCAGGACAGAAUCUUCAAAAGCUAUCGCGAUUGGAAGAAUUCGGAUUCCAAGAUUCUGCCGGGAGUGAAGCUGGCGGACAGACAUAACUACUUCGUGAAUGUGCCGGCGGAAACGUACGCCAGGGCGGUGGAAGUGCUGCAGCGGGACGAGACGGACAAGGAGAAGGCGUUUCUGCUGGCCAAAGCGCUCGGCCACGAGCUGAAGACGUCCAAGGAAAUGGGCGAACAGGGCGAAUUGGUGAUUCUCGAGAUGUCCUGCGACUUCGAGACGUGCCACUUUGGCUACGAGCAGCACGUCUACAGGGACUUCAUCUCCUACAUGACAGUCAUGAUGAACUUGAACUGCCGCUCGUAAACACUAUUGAUCAAUCACGAAUUCCUCGCCUAAUGAUGCUAAUUUCUAAUCAAUUUAACACGAUGAUUUACUGAAUUCACGCCGAAUACCUGAAAUACCCUUAAGGAUUAAAAAGUGCUGUGGUGAUUUAGUUCAGAAAGGGAGGAAUUUCUGAUUAAACCUUUUUAUCUUAUAGAUUCUUGGAUUCUUUUUUCUCAUUUGUAUUUGCUUCUAGUUAAUUCUAGAAGCGCAACUUUAUUCUGAAAUAAAAAUCUAUUCAUUCAUUAAACUACACUUUCAAAAGCCACGAAUUGAAAUGUUUUUUAAUCAUAACGAUUCCCAGUGAAACAGAAAAUGUUAAAAAUGUGUUAUUUUCGUUUAACACAUUCCUUUACUAUUCUGAGUAACACGAAAGGUUUAAAAUAUGAAUAAAGUGG